UCAAGCUACAUCAUCGUUGGCUGCUGUGACGGUGGUUCUUCACAUAAGCCAUUCAUUUCAUUUGUCCUCACCAUGGCAACUCGUUCAGCUACCUCACCCGACCCAAGAGAUGAGAAGAAGCAGAAGACUGGCGGAAAAGUCUGCCUCAUUGUUCACGAUGGCUGGGGUCUAUCCGACAACGAGAAGGGCAACGCUAUUUUCCAUGCCGACACUACCCACAUGGAUGCUAUUAGGGACAAGCACAACUUCACAGAGCUCGAAGCACAUGGACUUGCCGUAGGACUUAAGGAGGGGCUGAUGGGAAACUCCGAGGUCGGACAUCUCAAUAUUGGGGCUGGACGGAUUGUCUGGCAAGACAUCGUCAAGAUUGAUCAGUCGAUCAAGAAGAACGAAUUCGAAAAGCAGAAAGCUAUCGUCGACUGUAUGGAACGGGCCAAGUCUAACGGUUCCCGGUUACAUCUUUUAGGCCUUGUCUCGGACGGUGGAGUUCACUCUCACAUCCAACACUUGUUCGCCCUGCUUCGUGCCGCCAAGGAUUCGGGUAUUGAACAUGUGUACAUCCACUGCUUUGGAGAUGGACGUGAUACCGAUCCAAAAUCCGCUACCAAAUACUUGAAACAACUCCAGGAUUACAUCAAAGAGAUUGGUGUUGGCGAAAUCAGUGACAUCACCGGAAGAUAUUAUGCCAUGGACCGAGACAAGCGUUGGGACCGUGUCACUAUAGCGUAUGAGGGUCUCGUUGAGGGCAAAGGAGACAAAUGCUCUGCUGAAGAUCUCAUAAAGAAGGUCGAGGAGAACUACUCUAAUAACGUAACGGACGAGUUCUUGAAACCCAUCAUCUGCGGAUCAGAGGAUUCCCGAGUCAAGAAGGGCGACACUUUGUUCAUGUUCAACUAUCGGUCAGAUCGUAUGCGAGAGCUUACAUCGAUAUUUGGUCUGGAUGACAAGCCGGUCGAUGUGAAGGUCCCAGAGGAUCUCUCCAUCACCACGAUGUCCAAAUACAAUCCCGAAUGGACGUUCCCAGUGGCUUUCCCUCCCGCCAGUAUGGCCAACGUCCUGGCGGAGUGGGUUGCAAAGCAGGGCCUGAAACAGUGCCACAUCGCCGAAACCGAAAAGUACGCCCACGUCACCUUCUUUUUCAACGGUGGGGUUGAGAAGCAAUUCGACAAGGAGGAUCGACAUAUGAUUCCUUCCCCCAAGGUUGCAACAUACGACAAACAACCCGAGAUGAGCGUACAGGCUGUGGCCGACAAAGUCGCCGAAGUGGUCAAGAAGGGAGACUACGACUUUGUCAUGUGUAACUUUGCCCCUCCCGAUAUGGUCGGACACACUGGUGUGUACGAUGCCGCCGUCCAGGCUAUCGGUGCCACGGACAAGGCUGUUAAGACCGUAUAUGACGCUUGUGAAGAGGCUGGCUAUGUCCUCGCUAUCACUGCCGAUCACGGAAACGCGGAACAAAUGCUUGACCCUGAAACCGGCACCCCCUUUACUGCUCACACCACCAACCACGUACCCUUCAUCUUGACCGGCGAAAAGGGCUCUCUUGAGGUGUCCUCGGAGCAGGGCGCACUAGCCGACGUAGCACCUACCAUCCUUGCCAUUCUCGGUGUCAAGCAACCAGAAGAGAUGACUGGAAGAUCGUUGCUGGUGUCGAAGUAGCCAACACUGGCAUUCAAGUAGAGUCUGUACUGCCUACAAAAAAAAUCUAGUCCUAUGCACACAGUCUAUAGAUCCAAAAGUCUCGUU